CAUUAUAACGAUAGAGUUAUCGACCGAUUAGGCGCACAUGCUUGACCAAAAUCUCUUCUCAGUUAAUCCAUCUGACGAGGCGAUAUCAGUCUUCUCAAUGCGCUUCUAAACCGAGAAUAUAACUUCCGCAUAAAAUGCCCUUCACGAAAGCUAUUAUUUGUGGUCUGAACUUUCCUCUGCGUUGGAUCAUUCUUGGUGUCAUGUUAUAUUAGCGAGUACAGAUAAUUAGGGACUAGAAUCAGCAGCAUCUGCCUAUCCCGGCAUGCAGCGGGCCAUUUAUUGACUUGAACAGAAAUAUUAGUGGCAACCGAUGAAUCGGAUGUUUGCAUGCAACUACACUUUGGCAGACGUUAUUACCAUGCUGACACAGCUGUUGCUACUUUGGGUGACAAUUUUAACGAUGCCAAUUGCAUACGUUGACGCUGGAUGGAAAGAGAAAAAAGUAGUGAGAAAAACAGAUGAGCAGAGACUUUUGGAAAAACUUUUACACGGUUACGAGAGCUACUCACGCCCGGUGUUUAACGCAUCUGAGUCAGUGGAGGUAAAAUUUGGAAUAACCUUGACCACAAUUUCAGAUAUGGAUGAAGUAAACCAGGUACUAACAACAAACGUCUGGUUAGAGCAGGAAUGGGUUGAUGAACGUCUAAAGUGGAACCCAGCAGACUACAAUAACCUGGUAGUCAUGCGGAUGCCAUGCGAAAAGAUAUGGCUUCCAGAUAUAGUUUUAUACAACAGUGCGGACGACUAUACUGCUGGUUAUAUGCAAAGUAAAGCCAUGGUUGAUCACAACGGCACAGUCUUCUGGCCUCCGCCAGCUAAAUUCCGGAGCUCAUGCAAAAUAGACAUCACUUUUUUCCCGUUUGACGAUCAAGUUUGUAAAAUGAAAUUUGGCUCAUGGGCUUACGAUGGGUUUCAACUGAAUAUGACCAGCAGGAAUGAGAAGGUCGACAUGUCAAACUAUGUGUUUAGCGGGGAGUGGGACCUUUUAAGCAUUGACAUUGUCCGCAAUGAGAAAUUCUAUGGAUGCUGUCCAGAACCGUACCCAGACGUCACUUUCUAUCUUCGUAUACGAAGAAGGACGCUUUAUUACCUCAUCAAUGUUAUUUUCCCUUGUCUGUGGCUUUCCAUACUCAGUUUGCUCGGGUUUUGGUUGCCCCCGGACUCGGGAGAAAAAAUAACACUGGGAAUCACAGUACUGCUAGCCUUCUCCGUCUUUAUGUUGCUCAUAGCUGAAAACAUGCCAGCCACGUCAGAUUUUGUUCCAUUAAUUGGCAUAUAUCUUACCAUGACAAUGGCCAUGACAUCUUUGUCUAUAGUUUUGACAGUGUUUGUUCUGCAGCUUCACCAUGCUAGUCCUAAUCAGAAACCUGUGCCAGAAUGGGUGAAAAGAAUUGUGUUUGGUGUGCUCGCUAGGAUUACUGGAAUGCGAGGCGCAAUAACAACCACUGGACCGUACCAUCUGCACGACGAUAUUGUUAAGGAUGAUGUUUGCCUUACAACUUUUUUAGAAAACGACAACAAUGAAAAUGCCACGUGUAAUGGUGGGUUCCAGAUUCAAGUUGACAGCGUUCAUCAUAACAAUGCCAGCCAAGAUCGUUUAAAUCGUACCCACAGCAUGAGAGGGAGCCUACGGCACCUUCACAACAAUCACAAUUCAGAAAAUAAAGGGAUGACAUACGAUAAAAUCUCAAAACAUCUCAAAUUGUUAGUACAGAAGCAAGACUUCGAAGACCAGUACUUGGAAAUUGUAAACGAAUGGAGACUUGUAGCUUGUGUGAUUGACCGCUUCUUAUUUUGGACCUUUCUAUUAAUAACCACUGUGUCCACAUUGACAAUUCUGGUAAUAGUGCCCAUUGUGAAAAAUUCAAGCUUUUGAUUAUUUAGAA